UACUGUCUAUACCACCUGUCUUAAAGAUAGAUUUGGGAAAGGCAUCAGAUCAUAACUAAAGAAAAACAGUAGGAAAGCCAACUUCUAGAACCUUCAAAUAAUGUCAAACACGAACAUAUUUUGCCUUUAUCAAUUCAUUAUUUUCAUAAAUUCAUUCUGUAGAAAUGACUAGAGAAGAGUAGUACUGACACAGAAAAUAUGAUAUCAGCAUUUUGUUGGGGGAGUGCUGACCAUGGCCAACUAUUUACAGAAAAUGAUGAACCCAUCUUGUCACCUAAGGAAGUAAAGCUGAACAUUGAUCAAGAGGUCAAAGACAUUGUGGAAAUCAAUUGUAGUGAAGGCCAUACUCUUCUAGUAACUUCUAAUGGGUCAUGUUAUGCUUGUGGUUGUAACGACUAUGGUCAAAUUGGACAUUAUAGUACAAACAAAAUUGGAAAAGUAUCAUCUUUGAAUAAUCAAAAAGUGAUCAGUGUAGUAGCAGGAUCACAACACAGUUUGGCAUUAACUGAAGCUGGUGAAGUAUUCAGCUGGGGUGAUAACAGUUGUGGUCAGUUAGGAAGAGGACAAGUAGAUGAAAACCAGGCUAGACAACCAAAAGUAAUAAAGCCAUUGGUUACAUAUCAUAUCAUACAGAUUUGUUCUGGCAACAAUCAUUCUCUAGCCUUAAGUAAUGAUGGUCUUGUUUUUUCUUGGGGAGCAAAUAAUUAUGGCCAGUUGGGAACAGGUAGUUCUUCACAACACAUGGAUACACCCCAACCCUUGCUUAGUAUACGAGGGAUACCAGUAUCACAGAUUAUAGCUGGAGGAAACCAUUGUUUCAUUUUGUCUAUGUCUGGUGGGUUGUUUGGAUGGGGAAGAAAUAGCUUUGGACAACUUGGUGUGAAUGAUGAGAAUGAUCGUAAUCAUCCGACCCAGUGUAAAUCUUUACGACAACAGAGAACAGUGUUUGUUUCCUGUGGGGAAGAUCACACAUGCACAUUAACACAGGAUGGAGGAGUAUUUACCUUUGGUUGUGGUAGUCAUGGUCAGUUAGGGCAUAAUAAUACAAACAACGAGAUCCUUCCUCGAAGAAUUAUGGAUAUGAUGGGGACAGUUGUUACACAGAUAGCUUGUGGCAGACGUCAUACACUAACAUAUGUACCAGAGACGGGGAGAAUUUACUCAUUUGGAUCUGGCUCUUGUGGACAGUUAGGUUUAGGAAACACAGAUAAGAAAACCAGCCCAAUGCUUGUGCCUUGUCCUUUCAUGUCUUCCAUCAAUAGCAGAUCACCAAGAGCUAUGGAAAUAGAUGGCACAUCUCAUAUUGUCAGCAGAAUCUUCUCUGGUGGAAACAAAUGUAUUGUGCUGGCAAAUAAAAUUAAUUCUCAGCCAGCAAGUCUAAAGCCUAUAGAUUUUCGAGAAGAUGGAAUGUUGAGAAGUAUUCUUUGUUUGUCAGACAAACUUACUGAAAAAGUUAGAUCAUUAAAUGCAAAAGACUUAAUUCCUCAUGAAGUAGAAGUGGAAAUGGAGAAGAUUUUUUCAGCUUCUGCUUGUUUGAAUGCUUCAUUUCUAUUACUAAAUCAUGAACAUUUUACUACCUCACCAAAAAAACAUGGGUUGGAUAUGGAUCAAGUUAGAGACACAUUUGGAAAACUUGCUCAUAUUUCAAAUGUACCUACCAUUCAAAAGAUAACAAAGUGUUUAGAGUCUUAUUUAUUGCCGUCCUUACCACAGUCUCCACCUGAUGUAGAGGCUCUAAGGUUGUAUCUUAUUUUACCAGAGUAUCAUAUGUUCGAGGAGCCUAAAAAAUUUAGUACACUUAUAGGACCUUUUGCAAACAGUAUAUUAAAUCUGGACAAACCAGGAUCAAAAGUGUUAGAUUAUUGGUGGGGAAGUUUAAAACCCAGACAUUUUAGCAGAGUUUUAAGUUUGUAUAAACAGACUGUGAUAUACCUACUUCAGUUACCCCAGUCACUGAUUCAAACAGAGCUGUUUUCCAGGAAUAUUCAUAUUAAAUUUUCUCUGGAGAUAAUGAAGAAACUGAACAAAGUGAAUGAACUUAAUGGUCAAAUUAUUCCAUAUAAUCAUUUCUACAUUCCUGAACUGAGGGACAAAGUGGACAUUAGGGCUGAUUAUGUUAACUGGGUACAACAGUCAAGACUGAUAAACUCUCCACCUAUGCACUUCUGUGAUUACCCAUUUGUGUUUGAUGGACCUGCUAAAUCUAUGCUACUUCAAACAGAUGCCUUUAUGCAAAUGAGGACUGCCUUGGAAGAAGCUCAACGACGAAACUUCCAGAGUUUGUUUUUACAAAAUAUUGACCCAGUUAGCCCUUUGCUGGUGCUACAUGUGACUAGAGAAAAUAUUGUUAAAGAUACAAUACAACAGUUAGAACACAAAGGCAGCGGGGAUCUAAAGAAACCUCUAAAGGUGGUGUUUAUAGGAGAGGAGGCAAUAGAUGAAGGUGGACUCACUAAGGAGUUUUUCCUUCUUUUAUUGAGAGAAAUUUUAGAUCCUAAAUAUGGAAUGUUUAAAUUUUAUGAAGAAUCAAGAGUCGAUUGGUUUAACUCAAAUUCAUUUGAAGAACCAAAGAUGUUUUAUCUGAUUGGGUGUCUUUGUGGAUUAGCAAUAUACAACUCCACCAUUAUUGUGUUGAACUUUCCCUUGGCAUUAUACAAGAAAUUACUGAAGAGGUCACCAGAUGUUGAAGAUUUAAAAGAACUUAUGCCACAAUUAGGAAGAGGUUUAGAGCAGAUGAUGGAUUAUGAGGAAGAUGACUUUGAAGAUGUUUUCUGUCAAACAUUUGAGAUAUCUGUAGAAAGUUUUGGUGAAGUCAAAAAUAUAGAAUUAUGUAAAGGUGGAUCUAAAAAACCAGUUACCAAAAGUAAUAGAAAAGAAUAUUUAGAUUUGUACAUCAGUUACAUUUUUAAUGAAUCAAUAGAAAAACAGUAUACUGCAUUUAGUUAUGGCUUCCUUAAAGUCUGUGAUAGCAAAGUCCUGGAUUUAUUUCAUCCAUUAGAACUACAAUCCAUGGUUAUAGGAAAUGAAAACUAUGACUUCCAUAUAUUAGAAAAGAAUACAGAAUAUAAAGGGGAGUACCAUAGAUAUCACCCAACAAUCAAAAUUUUCUGGGAUGUCUUCCAUGAUCUUUCAAUAGAACAGAAGAAAAAGUUUUUAUUAUUUUUGACAGGAAGUGACAGAAUUCCUAUUUUAGGAAUGGAAACAAUUAAAGUGAUAAUACAGCCAACUCAAGGUGGAGAAAGUUAUCUUCCAGUGGCUCAUACCUGUUUUAACAUUUUAGAUCUCCCGACCUAUGAGGAUAAACAGACCCUGAAAGACAAGUUAAUACUGGCAAUAGAACAUACACAAGGCUUUGGCAUUGUGUAACAUAUGCUGAAUAUCUGUUGUUUUUUUUUUAUAUGGGAGUUUGACAUAAUGUAGAUGAAAGUUGUCUGUUGUAUUUACAAGAUCCAGAUGUCAGAGUUUUUAGAAAUACCUUUUAGUUUUUAAAAUGAAGUUUACUUAUUCUUAUUUAAGUAUAAAAAUCUAAAUACUUAAAAAAAACUUUUAUGCAAAUAUUGCACAGUAUAUUUACAGUUUUUGUUUGGUUUUGUCACAGAAUACUUGAAAAUAUGAAUGCAUUGAGGAGGAUUUUGAGGUCAAACAAAAGACAUCCUCUGUUCACCGCUUCUGUAGAGUGUCAAAAAGGUCAAAUUAAUGAAAAGCUAUUUUUAAGGGAGUUUUUUUGCAAGCUAAUGGUUGGAAUGAAAGGCUCUAAUGUGUCUUAUAAGAUAAUACAAAAUAUAAAACAACCACUUCUUAUAAGGAGAACACCUCUUGUACUUUUAAUUUAACACAUCACUUUUCAUUUUACAAAUUUGUUUUAAAAACCACACUUAUUUUAUUACAGUAGUAAUUUAUAAAGAGAAUAAAAAGUAAAUUAUUAAUGAAUAUUGAAAUAUACAUUUUAAGUUCAUCUAGUCCAUUGGAUCAGUCAUAAAAAGUGGUUACCUAAUUACUUUAAAAUUGGUAUUUGCUGCUUCUCCACUAAGCACGCAGCAUUAGGAGUAAGAGCAAAGACUGGUCGGCUCAGAGUCAGAAUAAUGUGUGAGGUGACAUGUUUUCCUGCGGACGGUUACUUGUGAACUAGCACGUUAAAAAUUUGGCUCAGCGUGUCGGUCUAGUACAAAGCAGGUUUGAAAUUAAUAUUAUAUUAACAUAUUCUCGUCCUGAAUAUGCAUAUUAAUUUGCCGAUGGACGUUAAGCAGCCAUCCAUCCUCAUCCUCCUGUAGCAAUUUUCAAUCCAGAUCCCUGAAAUUUCACAGGAAGAUUGCAAAUAUGAUGAUAUUUUUGAGGAAUUUUCCCUUAUUUUUCCAGACUUGGGAACUUAUUCUUAUUUCAGCAAAAUUAAUGAAAUGGGGUAUAAUUUUUAUAUGACGCGCAAAAUUUUUGCAUUCGUAUUAUGCUAUGGACAAGACAUUUGUCAUCAAAGACAUUUUGGUUCGCAGACAAUAAGUUGAGUAUAAGUGUAUGGAUCUCUAUGAAAUUUAAGCACAAGGUUCCAAACCACAAUAGGAAGGUUGGGAUUGAUUUUGGGGGUUAUUGUCCUAGCUGUUUAGUAAUUAAGAACCAAAAAGGGGCCAAAAACAAUCAUUUUUCUUGUCGUCCGAAGACAUUUUGGUUCGCAGACAAUAACUUGAGUAUAAGUGUAUGGAUAUAUAUGAAAUUUUAGCACAAGGUUCCAUACCACAAUAGGAAGGUUGGAAUUGAUUUUGGGGGUUUUGGUCCUAGCUGUUUAGUAAUUAAGGGCCAAAAGGGGUUAAAAACCAUAGGUACUCGGGGACAGGACAAUUUUGUUUUUGCCCUCCCCCUUUUUAGCUCACCUGGCCAGAAGGGCCAAGUGAGGUUUUCUCAUCACUUGGUCUGUCGUCCGUCGUCGUCGUCGUCGUCCGUCGUCGUUAGCUUUUUACAAAAAUCUUCUCCUCUGAAACCACUUGGCAAAAUUUAACCAAACUUGGCCGCAAUCAUCAUUAGGGUAUCUAGUUUAAAAAAUGUGUCCGAUGACCCUGCCAACCAAUCAAGAUGGCUACCAUGGCUAAAAAUAGAACAUAGGGGUAAAAUGUAGAUUUUGGCUUAUAUCUCUGAAACCAAAGCAUUUAGAGUAAAUCUGACAAAGGGUAAAACUGAUUAUCAGGUCAAGAUCUAUCUGCCCUGAAAUUUUCAGACAAAUCUGACAACCUGUUGUUGGGUUGCUCCCCCUGAAUUGGUAAUGUUAAAGAAAUUUUGCAGUUUAUGGUUAUUAUCUUGAAUAUUAUUAUAGAUAGAGAUAAACUGUUAACAGCAAUAAUGUUCAGCAAAGUAAGAUCUACAAAUAAGUUGUCAUGACCAAAAUUGUCCGUCGACCCCUUUAGGAGUUAUUGCCCUUAAUAGUCAAUUUUUAACAAUUUUUGGUAAAUUUUUGUAAUCUUUUACAAAAAUCUUCUUCUCUGAAACUACUGAGACAAAUUUAACCAUACUUGGCCAUAAUCCUUAUUAGGGUAUCUAGUUUAAAAAACUUGUCCGAUGACCUCGCCUUUCAAUCAUCAUGGCCGACUUGGUUAAAUAUAGAACAUAGAGGUAAAAUGCAGUUUUUGGUUUAUAUCUCUGAAACUAAAGCAUUUAGAGCAAAUCUGACAGGUGGCAAAAAUGUUCAUCAGAUUUAGAUUUAUCUGCCCUGAAAUUUUCACACGAAUCCGACAACCCGUUGUUGGGUUGCUGCCCCUCAGUUAGUAAUUUUACAAAAAUUUUGCAGUUUUUUUUAUAUUAUCUUAGAUAUCAUUAUAAUAUCUAAUAUCUAAUACUAUUAAUUAUGAUUUUAAACUUAUUUUACAUGAUUUCCAAAGCAUCAGUAAAUACAGGUGAGUGACACAGGCUCCCAAAUCCGUUAUUAGUCCCCUACCGACGAAAUCGAAGAGUACUUUAGGUUUGCACUCUGUCCGUCUGUCCAUCCGUCAGUCCGGCAACUCAGUUUUCCACACUUGUUUUCUUCGUUCUUGAAGAUAUUGAUUUGAUAUUUGGUAUAUAGUUUUAUCAUGACAAGUUAAAGAUCAAGUUCGAAUUUUGUUCCGGUCUGAUGAUUUAGUCCAGAGUUAUUGUCCAUAAAAAACUCCAUAACUAAUGUUAGAGUACUAUGUUAAACCAUAUAAUCUGUACAAAGGGAGAUAACUCAUUUUUAAAAGACUUUCUUCGGUAAAUUGUUUGAGGAAUUUUGUGGCAGGUUUAUAUGUAAUUUUGUAUAAACUAAUUUUCUGAAUGCUAUAUAUAUAUAUAUAUAUAUUUUUUUUUUAUUAAAUGAAAUCCUUUAAUUAGAUAAUAAUCUAUUUUUAUUAAGGUAUAUAUUUCAUUACAUUACAUUGUGUAGAUAAAAUUUGUUGACAUUUUAUAGAUAAGUUACAAAUCUAUAUUAGUUUGUGACAAAUGAAAGAAAAAAUAUUUGGAACUAUUAAUUAUAUUUGAUUGUAAUUUGAAAAUAGAUAUACAUUGUAUAACAUCAUAUCUAAUUUUAAAGAACUAUUAAUCAUAUCUAAUGUUAGAGUGUUAUAGGUUUUCCACACUUUUUUUCGUCAUGCUUGAAGAUAUUGAUUGACAAUUGGUAUAUAGUUUUAUCAUGACAAGUUACUUAUCAAGUUCAAAUUUUUGUUUCCGUCUGAUAAUUUUGUGCAGAGUUAUGGUCCUUGGACUUGAAAAAAUCACUCAUAUAUUCAGUUUUCCACACUGUUUUUAGUCAUGCUUGAAGAUAUUGACUUGAUAUUUUCUUUUUGUUUACACCAUGACAAGUUAUAGAACAAGUUACCAUUUUGUUCCAGUAUUAUGAAUUUUUACCCGGUAGGGGACUAUGUAUUGCCAUGCAAUACUCUCAGAAUGCUUGUUUUUUUUUUUUUUUUCUAUUAAAUUUAAUUAUUUUCGCGUUUUUCUGUAUUAUACGAACAUAAAUAUACCACAAAUAACUUGUAUUUGCUAUUUACUAUCAAUUCCAAGUUUACUAUCCACAGCGGUCACUGAUAUAUUAUAUAGAGAGAGGGUAUCUCACUUCGUACCUUAUCACCUAUUUUCCAACGUGAAUUCUAGGAGGAAUCCCAAGUCUAAUUCAUAAAAUAUUUAAUUUCCUUCGGGUCAGUGGGCAUGACUCGUUUCCGCUAUCAUUCCUCAUUUUAAGCUGCUGGCACUUUUAAUAAAAUUCGACGUCUGUCAUCAGAACAGAUCAAUUUUGCUCGUCGUGUCGUCGUAUUUUGAUUCUUAAAUGACGGAAGUAUUGUAUGGGCGACAAAUCUAAUUCCGCGCCAAAUCCGGUUAUCACCAUAACAGUAUAAAAUAUAAACGUGUAACACCACUAAUUCGACCCGGCCAGAAAGCACAUACCAGAAAGUAGUACAUAUUUAACACAAAAUAGUUCCUACGCAUGAGUGUAACUUUCAAAAUAUGUAAAAUAUUUAUGUAUUGUUGAUAUCAAAAAUGAAAGCUGAAUGACUGGUGAUCAUUGGAGACUACUUUUUGACUUAUAAUUUUGAAUAUUAAAAAAACUGCACCAAAUUUUAUAAAGAGGGUACUUUUUGCCUGUAUGUCAGAUCUGAAGUACCUGUUUUGGUACAUCAGAAGUUCCGGGAACCAGUUCUUUCUUAUAUGCCAUUAAAGGUAUGUUGAUUUUUCCAGUACAAGACACCAUAAAGUGUUGCUUUGACAUGCAAUGAUUGUCACUGUAUUUGAACUUGAAACAAAAGAGCUGUGUCUGCUUGAAAUUGAGGAAUUUAACAUAGAAAGCAAUGGGGCCAUGAAUUAGUGGUGUACUUCCUAAAUAAACUGUAAACCUGCUCGAGUCUAUUUAUACUUUAUACUGUUAUGAUGAACUCUCGUGCCUUAUCGUGCUGCACAAUAACAUUCGGGACAUUUGUUUCAGGGAACAGGAUUUGGCGCGGAAUCAGAGUUGUCGCCCAUACAAUACUUCCGUAAUUUAAGAAUCAAAAUCAAAAAAAGGUCCAAAGGGUCAAAAAUUAAACUUUGUUUGAUUUUAAAAAAAAUGAAUUAUUUUGGGUUCUUUGAUAUGCUUAAUCUAAGCGUGUAUUUAUAUUUUUGAAUUUGGGCACAGUUUUCAAGUUGGUUCAAAUCUGGGUCCAAACUUUGUUCAAUUGAAAUUGAAUUAUUGGUGGUCUUUGAUAUGCCCAAUUUAACAGUGUAUUUUGAUUUUGGAUUUGGGGCCCAGUUUUCAAGUUGGUCCAAAAUUAAACUUUGUUUGAUUUCAACAAAAACUUAAUAUAUGGGUUUCUUUGAUGAAUUAUGCUGAAUCUAAUUAAGGGUGUAGUUAGAUUUUAGAUUGUGGGUCCCUUUAUCAAUUGGUCCACAGGGUCCAAAUUUAAACUUUUGUUUGAUUUCAUCAAACAUUUAUUUCUUGGGGUUCUUUGAUAUGCUGAUUCCAACCAUGUAUUUAUAUUUUGGAUAUUGGACCAUAAUUGGUAAAUAUCGAAUUUAAAAUUAUUUAAGUACUUAGACCACAUUCAUUCUGUGUCAGAAACUAUGCUAUAUAAAAUAUUGAACCAGAGCUGUAUUGCACAAUUAAUAAAAAUUAUAAGUAGAGUCAUAGUUGAAAAUAGAUAUAGCAUCAUACGAUUAUCUAAUUUUAGAGAGGAAAUAUAGUUUGAAAUUUACUGUUCAUUAUUAGAUUAUAAAAUGGUUAAGUGGAGCUUUGAAUCUGUCAUCUCAUGCUGAUAAAGGAACAGAUAAUAUUACUUAACAAACAGAUGUUUAAAAAAAACUGAGUCUGUUAAUAUGGAGAGAGGAUUAUGUCAAUUUUCUGAUAUUACCACUCCAGGACAGGAACAAUGAAGUUUAUUAAAAUUUUAACAUUUUUAUAACUUAUCAUGGAAAUUGAAUAUUAAAAUGAAUAAAGGAAGUUUGUAAUGUAUUAAUUCCCUAUACAUUAGCUAAUGUGUGUAUUUGUUUGGUUAUUUUGUAAUUCUUUGUUUGUUAUAUUUUAAUGUAUUUCAUGAGGGCCUCAGGAAAGAUUAGUUUUCCAGCUAACUGUGUAACCCUCUUUAAAUAAAGAAUUAUUAUUACA